AUGUCAAUUGACCUGGGACCAGUUAAGGCAGGAGUGAGCAGGUACCGUAACACCAGUAUAGGCACAUAUAAAAAGUUACACUGAAAAUCAGAUCUGUGUGCUCCACCUAAGAGGAUAGUUUGGAAAUGUGUCAGAUCCAAAUUAAUAUCCAAACAAUUUAAUGGAGAUUUAAAUGAUAAAGCGGAGAUGAUUAUCAUAGUUACAGUUGACCACUGAAAUUCAUGUAAUCUAUUUUUCUUUUCCUCCAGAAACAAUGAAACCUACAGUUAUGGUAAUAUUAUGUAUGACCGAAGGGUGGUACGUGGCAAUACCUAUGCUCAACAUAUUUUACCUGUGGUAAGCAGAACGAUUCUAUAUUUUAUUAACUGUAUUUUAACUCUUUGCUUUGAACAUUGUAACUGAAGGUGGACCUGACUAUUCCCAUGGCUCAUUAUUUUACAAUUUACGCAUGUCAAAUAUAAACUAAACAUGUUUAUCAUAACUACAUAAAACCAAAUAAAACCAUGAGCAUAGGAAAAAAAGAAAUAAUUACUUUAUUAUUUGAUUUUAAUACCACCACGAAAAGCUGCAUCCAGGCUUCUCCUACUAAAGAGUAGGUUGAAUCACUAGCUAAAUUUUUUUUGACAUUUGUUUAUUUUUCAUCAUUUUUGUUUUUAAACUCUCUGGCUACUUAGACAUCCAGUAUGCAUAUCUUAUUUAUGGAUAUAUUUAUUUUAAACUGUCAUUUAAAAAUGAUCAACAUAUAUGCUUACAAUAUCACUAUGUCUAAAUUUGUAGACAGAACUGAACUAGUUUGAUAUGUUAGAAUUUCGGAGCGUGAUUUUUAGCACAUGUGGGAAAAAUAUCAGAAUUUGCCUUAAAAAAAAAAAGCAGUGAAUACCAGUUUCAGACAAAUGUUAUCAUUUUUAGCAAAUUUUACAAUUUAAAGGAAUAUUGCUACUUAUGAAUCAACCUACUUUUGAAUAUCAUACCGUCCCAACUAACAGCAUUUUGGACUUGCUCUAGUCUAGAGUAAUAUUAUUUUUGACCACAUGGAGGCAGUUGGUAUUACUGUUUUAAGCAAAACACGUUAAAAAGUGAGAAUUCAAGGUGAAUUUCAAAAUUAAUGACAUAGCUGAAUGGAAAAUAUAGUUGACUUGGGGAAUUUUUCCAGUUUGGCUAUUUUGACCUAAAUUUGACAUUCAUUUUAAAUUCUCACAUUAGUGAUUAACCCUUUUAAUCUUUAAUGAUAGUCGAAUUUCUGUAUGUUCUGAUGGGAGAACUGCCAACAAACUCUAGAUUCAGAGAUUAAAAAGCAGCCCCUCCUCCUGUUUUUUUCAAUUCAGCCUAUGAUGAUUGGCACAGAGAUAAAAAAGAAAGGCUGUACUUGCAUAUCUGUUAUUAGGUAAAACCACCUCUGGGCAUCUCUCCUACUUGCUUUCAUUUAAGGGAAAGCAGUGCCUGUAAGGGGAAGGAGGGACAGGCUCUGCAUGAGAGCAGCCAGCAUCAGCAAUGUGAAAAGAAAAAGCCAUAAUUCAUUAUUGCAGCAGUUUUGGAUAGGCAAUUAGAGAAUAGAGAGAGAGCGAGAACAGAUAUGUAUUAUUUACAUACUAUAAAGCAUAGAGGACUUUUAACCUGUUAUAAGAAGCAAGCCUGUGCUUCCCAAGCAGGGGUAUGCAGGAGAGGUAUCUUUUACGGCAAAUGCAACACCCACUGAAAACUGCUCUCGGCAGGAGUUAAGGUAAUGUAAGUAAAUAUAAAUAAAUACACGCUUUUGAUAGUACUAAAGGAACACUAUAGCGCUAGGAAUACCGUGAAAAGUGUGACAAAGCGUGAGGAUGUCCAGCAUCAUUUCACACGAGACAGUCACUAGAGGCAGUCUUAACUCUUUAAUGUAAAUGUUGCCAUUUAAGAGAAGAAACACUUAAUUGUAUAACACGAGCAAAGAUACAUGAUCAGAAAACCUAUGCCUGUUAAGAUAUGUUCACUUUAAUAAAAAAAACAUAGGUUACAAGUUUAGUAACAAAAUGGUUUAAUAAAUCACUAGUAAAAUCCAAAAUAACACAGUAAACAUAUGUCUUGCAGUUGGGUGUAAAAAGGUUUGGUUUUGAUUGUGUUUUGUCUCUUACUCACCCAGUUGCUAUUUUUGGUUAGGUUUUGUCAUUUCAUGAAAUGUAUGCUUAAAUAGCACUAAUGGACUCUGUUUAGAGAUAAGGAAAUCUGCCUUUCUUGGGCUAACAUAGUUACAUUGCUCUUUUUCUGAUAUCAUUUCACAAGCAUGUUAUCCUAAUGCUGUAGUGUUCUCCCUAAUUUAAUUAGAGGCCACCCUAAAUGAAAUUCUAAAACAGUGUUUGACUUGCCCUUUUUUCAGUGCCAAGACUCACCUUGUACCACCUCCCACUCCAGUGACGUCUCACAGACAGACUCUUCUUUGUCUUCUUGUCCAAUCUCAUGCUUCUUAUAGAGAAGCAGUGGUGAUGAGAAGUGAAUGUGGGGCAACUGUCAUUCGACAUCCUCAUGCAAUGCGUAAAGAUAUUGAAUGUUACAUAAGCACGCCUGACUCAAAGCACCUCUACUGGCUGUCCAGAAGACAGUGGUCCUUUAAACUUUCCAAAAAUAAAACCUAAAAUACAUGCAACACUGUUAAUUAAAAUGUAGCAAUAUUAGGUGCACUCACCUUUGCAGAACUGUAAUCGUUACUAGUUAAUGUAGAAGACUCCGUACCUCAGCUCAAUCAGUUAGUGAUACUUUAAAAUAAUCUAAUCGUGGGAAAAAUCCAUAUAUAGUGCAGACUAGACUUGUGAUCAAAACACUUUCAGGUGCUUUGAAUGAAUUAAAUACCUGUUAAUUCAGGAUUGCCUCACACGUUUGCCCAUAGAUUAACAGGCAUUUGAUUAAUUCAACACGCCUGAAAAGGAUUUGUGUACAAGGCUAGUGCAGACUGCUAAAAUUAACAAAUACUGCUUAAAGCGCUACGGAAUCUGUUGGUGCUAUAUAAAUGGCAAUAAUAAUGUCAGGGAAAUAUAAGGAUUACAGAGAGCAGCGAAACCGAAGACAAGAUAUAACGCCGUACUAGGAAAACACAAAGAAACACUAUAAAUGCACUAUAAUGUCAGACAAGCCAUGAAUGGGCAUCAUACCAGUGGAGUAGUAGGUUUAUAUAGUUGGACUCGGUGGUGUCAUUUCUAUGUACCCCAAAACAUAUGAGUGCUGCAAAAUUGUGAGCCAAUUGACUCGCUGUUGCCUUCAGAAUGGCGCACGUAUGAGGUAUAACAAAAGGGUUUUAAGGCGCAGCAUUCUGUGUCAAAGUUUGCUCGAAUUGAAGGACUGAAGGAAGGGUUUUUAAAAUAAGGGUGCAGGAAUGAAAUGGCAGAUGUUCACGCUAGUGCUGCAGUUUUUAGUAGGUAAUGUUACAUUUUAUUAUUUAUUGUCAAUUAAUGUUCUCGUAUUUAUAUACUCCUAUACAUUAUAUUAUACCUCCUUCAGUCUGCACAACCAGACCCUGUGGAGCUUCAGAGACAGCAAGAAUCCCAUCGACGAGCUUUGGCAAAGAAACGAGCCAAGGAAUUGCUGAGAGCCAGAUCACCAGAGCCUGUAGAGGGCCGCAAGCACGUUGAUGUACAAACUGGUAUGAGGCAAGAUGGGGACACUAUGCUUAUUGUUUAUGUAUUUAUUUUCAGUUUCAGCUUAUUUUUAUUAACAAAUGCAUAUUGAAUACAUAUUCACAAAGCUGGGUGCUAGAUUCUGUUAAAACUAUUAUGUAAUAAUUGAUGAGACGAAAUCAACACUCACACGAAAAUUCAGAUUUUAUAUCUUAGACGACUAUUUCAAACACAUUAUUUUUAAAUGGAAAAAAGAUGGAAAUGUGAUCACCACUCAUGAUCAUAUUGUGAUAAACCAUCAUACGCCUUAUUGUCCUCUGCAUGAAAGAAGAACCCAGAACAAAUAGUGGUAGAAGAUACAGUUAUGAUAAAAUUGCAGUGUUAAUAAAGCAGAUUAGCUUGUUUUUAACCAUGUACAGGACUUAUGUUUACUGCGAGAUAAGUAAGCAGUAUGUUUCUUUAUAUGCUGUUAGUAGUUUUUUGACUUUCUAUACUUCUAGAAAUAUUUCUACUGAAGAGAUGAAUUGAAUGACAGCACAGUGUAAAUUUUUAUUCCAUCUUAUCUUUGUUGUAAUCCUUCCCAGAGUUAUACUUAGAAGAACUCAGUGAUCGGAUUGAGGAAAAGGACAUGGAAUGCCAAACAGAUGCCUUUUUGGACAGACCUCCCACACCUCUCUUCAUACCUGCAAAAACUGGUGCUGAUGUUGCUACCCAGAUUCUGGAAGGAGAAGUAAUGUAUCUCUAAAUAGAAAAUAUACUUCUAUUUCUUAUAAUAUGCCUUAAGGCUUCAAAAGCUUUCAGUUUAACAACACACGAGCAUACACCUAAAUGCCACCCAGGUCAUAACAAAUUAACAUUGUGAACAUUUUAUGCUGGAGUGAAUUAGUGAAUUGUUAAAAGGACACCCUAAAUAGUAUAACUAUUGUAGUUUAAUUGCCAAAAGAGAAUUGCCGCAUUAAUCUUGAGAGGGAUGUAACAAAAAUCCAGGGUCUACCUCCCCCUCUUUGACUGCAUUGAUCAUACGUAAUUUACAGUUCCUAUUUCACAGCAGCCCUUCUUUCAGGAAGGUAUCCACCUCUGCCUGCAACGUGAUUUCUAAUGCCGUUACAAAGGUACAGCUCUCAGUCCUAGAUUUUUCCCAGGGCCAGAGGGAUCAUGCAGCCAGCCAAUCGGUAUGACAGCUCUGUGGCUGGGAACCCUAAAAAUCUACACAGGACAUAGUUCCAGAAGGAACUAACAUACUUUAUUUUAGUAGCCCAUAUGUCCAUUACAUAAAGCUUGCUGUGACAAACUUAAUAAAAUACAAAUAGCCAAAACAUGUUAGAAAACAUAAAGGAAAUUAUAAUACCAUAACAACAUAUUUACAAAGGGGUGGGGAAGACAAUAUUUAAAACAAAUUAUCUCUGAUGCCUGCAGAAUUAGCAAUAUGCAAAUCUACUGGAAUAUCCAAAUUACCAAGUCUAGCUAUUCAGGUAGUGCACACAACAGUUGCUACUAACAGAUGGCACUAUACAAACUCCACAGUCAAAUCCACCUAGUUGGUAGCAAGCAUCAGCAGAACAGGAGACAACAUUUAACAAUAAACACAUACAUUAUCAACACCCUGCACCCACAAUGGGUACAGAGUGACUUAGACAUAGGAAUAGUCCAGGGUCCUACAUAAAGUGUUUGUCUGAAACUCCUGGUGAUGGUGACUACCGUCACACACAAUAACCUCAAUAUCUCAGCUCAGGAUGGUCCUUACUCCUUGGACCAAAAAUGAUCUCUAGAGCACAUUACAUUACAAUGUACAUUUACAUUUUACACAUUCGUGUUCCUUACACUUGGAACUUAAGUACUAAUAUUAUACUCAAGAUCUGUGAAAGUUCAACUUUUUGGCUCAACUUAUAAUGGGAAGGGUUUGAGUCUCAGUCAGGGACGUAUUAGCCGCGAGGCAAACAAGGCAUUUGCCCUGGGCGGCAUUUUUCAGGGGGCGGCAAAAAACGCCGCCCCCAAAUGCCCAGGGCAAAUGCCUAGUUAGCCUUGCGGCUAACUGACAUACCGGAUGCUGGGCGGCGCUGGCCGGUGGUCGGGCGGGCGGCUGACGAGGGAGCUCUUCCUCUGAGCUGACUGCUCAGCUUCCUCACGUGCCGAGGCUGGGAGCCGGAAUAUGACGUCUUCUUCCGGCUCCCAGCCUCACUCUGCGGCGCGCGAGGGAGCUGAGCAGUCAGCUCAGAGGAAGAGCUCCCUCGCCAGACGCCCGCCCAGCAGCCCGACCGGCAGCCACUGGACCACCAGGGAGAAAGAGACCUUCCCCAGCUUUCCCAAAGGGGGGGUUAAAUAAAAAAAAAAAAAAAAAGUGUUAAUGUGAGUGAUUGUGUUUGGGUCUGACUGUGUCUGACUGUGUGUCUAACUGUGUGUGUUUGUCUGUCUGACUGUGUGUGUUUGUGUCUGUCUGACUGUGUGUGUGUUUAUCUAACUGUGUGUGUGUGUCUGACUGUGUGUGUGUGUGUGUGUAUUUAGAAGGUUGGGUGGGGGUGGCGCGGGGGAAGGAGGUGCCUGAGUUUUGUCCUGCCUAGGGCAGCACAAAACCAGGAUACACCACUGGUCUCAGUCCUAAUGUUUUGUUAAUGGGUACCAAAGUAAGUAUAGUGUGCAUGAAUAACAAGGUUUGAGACUUCUUCUAUUUUAUUUUUAUGUGGGUGAGUGCAGUUUUUUUUUUAACACAUCCCCUCACUUUUGGUUGUAUAUCUCUGGUUGGGGAACAGAUAGGAGCCUGAAACUUUCUUUGAGUUUUGAAUUUGAGAUUCCACAGGUGACCCAGCUGGUGAAAAGCUUACUUUAUUCAUGCAAUUUCAAAAAUGAACAGACUUAAAAUAAGAAAAACCAUUAAUAAAAAUGAACAGUAUUUUACAGAUAUGUUUGAUUGACAUACAACAGUGUAUGCUUGUCAAUGAGGUCUGAAAUCUUACUACAUUUGAUAUUGGUAUAUUUGAUAUUUAGAUAAAAGUUUUUAGUUUUAAGUAACCUAAAUUCAUUGUAUGUGAAGUUUAAAAAUUAAUUUUAAAGUUUUGUGAGCUGAGCCAGCCAAAUGCUGUGUGCAGCCAGAAGCAUUAGGAACACACUGUCUGUGUCUGCACACAACAUCAGAACUUUUAGUCUGUAAAAUAAACUACUAAGACUACAUGUUAGGCAAGCAUUACCAGUGUCCAGGUAUAGAGACCUUACUGCAUAUUCUUGUAGAGUCCAACGAAGAUGACACUUCCCGAUAAACUCACCUUUAAGCAGUGGGUUGUGACUGAUGGAGUAGAUAUGACCACUUGUUGUCCUAUCUAUGGAUGAAUUCUGGCUGAGAAACUCAUUAUGUUAAAGAUAUGCCAUUUCAUUCCUAAUGCUCCGUCUCAGUCCCUUAAAGGAACACUAGUGUCAGGAAAACAAACGUGUAUUCUUAACACUAUAGGUGUGAAAGCACAUUUUAGGCCUCGGCCCAUUCUUGACCCACGUUAAAAGGUGAUUUUACUCCCCUUUCCCCAGCGCUGUGUGGAUCUCACUUUACUCCUUUUGUUUAAUAUUUCAACAAAGGGGAAGGAAUUAAGAGCCACAGUGUUUGCAUCACAAGUGUUCAUCUAGAACAAAAUACAAUAGCUGUUCACACAUUGCAAAAUAAGCCAUUGGAAAACAUAAUUGAAACUCUCCCCGUAAAAUCAAUUUAUUUAUUUUAAUUUUUUUCGGUGGACCUGCAAGUCAAUAUAAAACAUAAAGAAUGUUGCCUAUUUGUGCAAUCAUGAGAAGGACUUUGGUAUAAAGGCCGAAUGGAAAUCCUUUGCAAUGCCCCAGGGCAAAAAUGCAUAUGUUGGGGUUGGUGGAACGACUAAGCGGGAAACAGCAAUAGCCAGUUUGCAGAGGACAACUGAGGAUCAAAUCCUCACCCCUAAAGAUGUGUUCCUUUUGUUUUGUUUUUUAACAAGAAGAUUUAAGGGGGUUGCAUGCAUUUCUGUAAAAAGUGAGGAAGUAUCUGACCUUCAUGAACUGAAACUGUAGGACAGGCUCUGUAAGUGUGAAGAAUUCUAGGUACAAGAAAUUUCAUAGUUUUGAGUCGUUAUCCGAUGCUUCUUUACAUUUGCAUCACAAGAGUUUAAAGAACAUGGAGUGGGGUUGGCGUGGUUUCACGAUGGAGCUGCAUUUACAUGCAUCCAUAAGUUCCAUUUUCCAUAGCAGAGAACAGUAAGCACAAUUCUAUCAAACCUCGGUUCUUGUACCUGACUUACUGGCUGAUAGUACCAGAUGUCCUAGAGGACUCAAGCAAAACUGCCUUAUUUCUGAACCAAACAUCUGCUGCCAAAAAUAUUCAGCAAUGCAGAGCAGGCCCAAGAUAGUGCCUCACCAGACCUGGGAGAAUACUCAGAGCCUUCUUCUCCAAGCUCCCUGAUAGAUGCCCAGCCAGUCACUAAUAUAGAAACAAAAGCUUUUAGUUGAAUUAUCAGCCACACUACCACCAUAACGCUCCAAACCAAUCCUUGCGCUGAGUAAUGGAAAAUAAAUACAUGAUCAAAGCCAGUGAACAAGUCACAGAAGAUGGAUGAAUUUGCAUUGGAACACAGUUGUCUUGCUCUGUUUGCUAGACCGGGCAGUAUAGAGGCAAUGAUCAAAACGCCAGGUGACAUCUCUGGCAUUACUCCCUAUACAGGUCCAGAUUAUACUUCCUAUUUUACUAUGGAUCUUUCCACUAUAAGACCACCAUGGCUCUGUAGACGCUCUUCCACUGAUGGGAGCAUUAAGUAGUGACUGCUCCACCUGCUAGACUGGAGGAGUGAAAUGCUGCUGAGAACACUCCGAGCCUUCAUCUCCAAGCUCCCUGAUGUAUGCCCAGCCAGUCACUAACAUAGAAACAAAAGCUCUUUAAGUUGAAUUAUCAGCCACACUCACUACCACCAUAACACUCAAAACCAAUCCUUGCGCUGAAAGACUGGAAAAUAAAUACAUGAUCAAAGCCAGUGAAUAGGUCACAGAAGAUGGACGAAUUUACAUUGGAACACCGUUGUCUUGCACUAUUUGCUAGACUGGGCAGUAUAGAGGCAAUGAUCAAAACGCCAGUUGACGUCUCUGGCAUUACUCCCUAUACAGGUCCAGAUUGGACUUCCUAUUCUACUAUGGAUCUUUCCACUAUAAGACCACCAUGGCUCUGUAGAUGCUCUUCCACUGAUGGGAUCAUUAAGUACUGACUGCUCCUCUGGGUUUCCUGAGAUGUGGUGGCAGAUAUUUAUAUAAGUGCUUUGCCUCUUGGACUGUCCUGGUGCAUUGCAGCGUGCCACCGUAGCUGCUUUCCAUGGUGCUGUUCUGUUAUGUUUGUGUGGGGGGGGGGAUACCUUUCAUAUAAGUGCCUACAAAUCCAUAAAUGCAUGUGCCUUGCCGCGUGCCUGUACCAAAGAUCUAAGAAGGCACUAGCUUACACCAGGCACUAGCUUCCUAAUGACUUAACUGGGUUAGUGGUUCUAGGACCUCUUUCUUGUUUUCCCUUCUUUUCUCCCACUACCACUCACUUUACCUGGACUGCCAUACCCCUAAUAUUUAGAGAUCCCCAUGGAUUGGUUGCCGUCUGUCUUGGGUUUGGGGAGUAGCUGGACUCUCUCCCAUCCUGAUGCAAGAGGUGCCUCUACUUUGUUAGUUUUCCUACUUCUACCAUUCUCUUUCUCUCUCCUCCUUUCCUAUAGCCUAUACAGUUAUCUUUCUCUCCUACACAUCCCCUUCUUUUUGUUCUAUCCUCCCCUAAUAAAUUACAGCCAUGGCUCCUCCCCUGAAGACUCUCACAUUCUAUAGGAUUAUUGCACAGGGUCUUAACUCCCCUAACAAAUGGCCAAGAGCUCUGUGUGAACUCAGAGCCCUGCAUGCAUGUGGUGUUUUAUCAGGAGAUACACUUUCAUUAGAUAUUACCCAACCAGAAUUUUCGCCAACAACCCAGAGGCUACAACUAAGUGAGUUGCAAUCUCAUUUUCUUCAGACACCCCCUUUCAGGUAGCGCAUGAGACCCAGAGGGAAGAUACCUUUUUGUUUAUAGGGAAGAUUCUAAAGACCUAUAGGUUUGCUAAUAUUUACCUCCCAAGUAGUGGGCAAGACUUCUAGAGUAUUUCAGUAAGGGCAUCACACUAGCAGGCAUCUGAACGUACAACUUGACCCAAGGCCUGACACUUUCUCGGAUGUAUCGCAUAUAUCUGGCUAGGCAUUUCGUGGACUCCUAUACCCCCUCUGUCUCAGCAAUGUACGAAUGAUAGACGUAGCACUAUAGAGGACUUUAACAUAAGUCGACUCUGCUCUCUGUUGACAUGUUUUCACUUCCACUAACUCUCCCGCUUUUUAGCUCGUUUACCUGUCCUACCGACAUUGCUCCGAUCCCCAACCAACUUUAAGUCAUUGUGUCUGCAGACCUCUCUCCCUGCACAUGAUCUCUCUUCUAUACGCAGGCCUGAUCUCGCCCUCCCAAGACGCCCCUUUUUGGUAUAGAACACCAGAGAGAAUGGCUAGAUAUACAUGGGACUAGGAUGCCGAGUGCUGGCAGAGGGGGCUUGGCACAUUGUUUCACUUAUUGUGGGACUGACAAACACACCCAGGUACACAGGUAGCAACAGGUACACAUCAUUCUUGCUACUCUUACAGGUCACCCCAUUUCUCUAACACCUGAACUGUAUUUGCUCCAUAAUCCCCAGAUACCCAUUAGAUCUUACUGCAGGUCAGUACUCCUGUUCUUGGUAAAUUCCGCCCACAAUCUCAUACCAGAGAUUGGAUUGCCAGAGUGGAAGACAUUUAAUCUAUAGAACUAUGCCAGAGGCACUUUGCAGCGAUACAACGCUGUGUGGUUCCACUGGAUGCAAUGGCUGUCCUCAUGGGUGAGCUAGGUAUGUGCAGAUGUCUAAGAGUUAAUUAGCUGUUCUUCAUUCCCCAUGGGUGCUCAUUGGCAAGUGGUUAGCUUCCUGCCCACACCUCCCGCCCCCCCCCUUUUUUUUUUUUCCCCCUCUUGCCCGUUCUCACCCUCCUAACCCCUUUUUUCCUUCUCUCUUGUCGCACCUUUCUUCCUUUUAACAUUUCUGCUUUUGUCAUUGCCUUACCUUUACCAUACAUGGGCAAUAUCUACCUCUGCAGAGCCAGCACAUCCAAAUACAGCCCUGGCCAAUCAGCAUCUCCUCAUAGAGACGCAGUGAAUCAAUGCAUCUCUCUGAGGAAAGUUCAGUGACUCCAUGCAGAGGGUGCAGCACUGCCCCCAGGAAGCACCUCUAGUAGCCAUUUGAGGAGUGGCCACUGGAGGUAUCCCUAGGCUGUAAUGUAAACACUGUUUUGUUUUUUUUCUCUAAAAAUACAGUGUUUACUUCAAAAAGCCAUAAUACAAUAAGUUGUAGUUUUUUCUGGAGACUGUAGUGUCCCUUUAGGAUAUUGGACUUAACUACACUGUAUAUUCUGUGUGCUAUUUUGAUGUUGUGUAAUUAUGCAUGAAUACUGCUGCUUCUAUAAAGCUUUUGAGAAAACAAAAAUGCUACCACUGAGGAUAAAUUUUUAGUGAAAAAUUGAGAUUUCUAUCUAGUCUUCCACCAGAGAUGAUCAACCAAAAAGUGAGGAGAACUGUAAAAAGACAGUCAUCCAUAUACAAGAAAAAAAGAAAAGAGGAGUCUCAGACCUGAAAUGUUCGGCUGUACACUACCAUACUUAGAUACCCAUUAAAAAAUUAAGACUGAGAUUCAAACACUUGUAUUAAGAACCUCCACCAUGUGCCUUAAAAUAAAAAAUAAAAGCUUUACUCACCUUUUUCCAGCACCUGGCUAGUGACCCCAUGCCAUGGAGGAAGCAUGGUAAACUACUGAUGUUUCCAUAAAUAUCUGUAUUACCUGCAUAACCUGUAUAACACUGUCUAAAAUUUGCUAUGCGCAAUGACACAAAGAUGGCAACAUUAAACCAAGUACUGUAAAAUAAAAAAUAAAAACCUGAUGGGUUUUGUAAUUCCAAUACAUAGAGUUAAUCACUCAAAUAAAUAAUUAGGAAAAUUUUAAAUGGUAAAGCAACCUAAAUUAACAAUUGUUUUACUCCCCACAUCCACACCCUAACUAUCCCACUUCAUCCCCAGACUAAAAUCAUUGGCUUUUUUUGUUUACAGAAUUCUAAGCUGGCUUGUCUGUGCUUCUGUUUACAGCUUUUUGACUUUGACCUUGAGGUAAAGCCAAUGCUGGAGGUUUUGAUUGGGAAGACAAUUGAGCAGGCUCUCCUGGAAGUAAUGGAAGAAGAGGAACUGGCAACGCUGAGAGAGCAACAAUGUGCCUUUGAAGAGCUUCGUAACGCUGAGCUUGCUGAGGUGCAGAGGCUGGAAGAGCAAGAGAGACGGCACAGAGAGGAAAAGGUGUGAUUUGUGUAACUUACUGAUUAUUUUUUGGGGGAGGAGAGGGGAUUUUAUUCAUGUUGUUUUCACUGGAAUCUAACCAUCCCAAGAGAAGGUCUUCUCUUGCGUGCUUUCUUUCACCCAUUUUAGACCCUUCUUCCAACCUCUGACCUCUCCAGAUCCCUAUGUAUAGUAUAGAUAUUUCAGAUACCUUUGCUUACUUCAAAUUACAUUUCCAACGUCUUGUUUUGUGGUGCAUUUGCAUACUGCAAUGUGUUUGUCUUAAAUAUAGAUAAUUAGCUAAAUAGCUAUGUCUCCCACAAUUUGUUUUACAUUUUAUUUAUUUUUAAUAUUAACAGACCAUUAUAAUGACAUAUAUUUUAUAUAUGUAUUACAGUGCAUAGGUGGCUGAAAAUUAUUCUCUGGUGAGAACCACAUAUACCUAUACAGAUUCUAAGCUGUUUAUUGGAGUAAAUUAUUAGAAAUGGAUUCACCGAUAUAUUGUCUGUUCUGUACUCCUGCCUCCUUCUUUAUCUCUUCAAAGCUAUUGUUCCUUCCUUCAAGCAUCUACAUAAUCUUCCCCAGAUAUGUGAGGUCUAGAAGCUAAGAAGAAUAUGAAUAUAUAUAUAUAUAUAUAUAUAUUUUUUUAAAUUGUUUUUGUUUGGUUUUUUUUGUUUUUUUGCUACACCACCACUGGUGCCACACUUCCCUGACUUUAAAUGCACAUUUUGUUUCUGGACCAAUUUCUAUGCCUUUCAUUCCUUUUUCAAUUUAUUAUAGAGGUAAUGCUUAAAAAUAUAUAAAAUGUUAAAAUAAAAUAAAAAAUACAUCAUAAAGUCAGAAAAACGUUAGCUUAAUGAAGCAGUUUUGAUGUAUAGAUUAUGACUCUAAAGUCUCACUGCUCAAUUCAUUACCAUUUAGAAGCAAAAUCAUUUUUGAUUCUGUUUAUGCAGCCAUAGCAACAUAUACACUGGCUGUGACUGACAUGGCCUGCACGAAAAAAACUUGUGUAUAGAAGAGUUAAGGAAGGCUGUGUAAGUCACAUGCAAGGAGGUGUGACUAAGGCUGUAUAAACAAAGUGCUUGAACUCCUAAAUGGCAGAUAUCUGAGCAGUGAGACUAUAGGGGCAUGAUCUAUACACCAAAACUGCUUCAUUAAGGCAACGUUACUUUGGUGAUUAUAGUGUCCCUAAAAUGUGUAACUUACCAGCAGAUUACUGUUAUCCUCUGUCGUUUCACAUUCAGUUAGUGAGUGGUUGAACUAUCUUGGGCAAUUUAUGGCCUCCAGUUGAAAUCCGCACCACCCAUAAUGCCAACAGGCAGUUGGUCCCCCAAGGAAUGUAUUGCACGAAGGAGGCUUUUGUGUCAUCUCUUUUCUUAUCACAGUCUCUGUUCCAAAUUAAAAUUUAUUUUAUGGGAGUUACGUUUAUUUUUCUCUGUUUUACUGACAAAUUGAAUACUUAUUCCAAAAUUAUGUACGUUUUUACUACCACUAUAUUUACUGCAUUUAAUGCCCCUUUAAUUCUCAUUUUAUAUUGCUUUUUCUUGGAUUUCUUAUCUUUAUUUUCCUGUUGUCCUACCAUGUAUCUUCAUGUGUUUCUGUGCCUGUCCUGUAUCCUCUUCUCCUUCUAGCACUUUCUCCAAUCAAUAACUUGUUCAUUGUUCACCUCUCUCCUAGUAAGCACCACAGUUUCCAGCUCUUUACACUCCAUUCCAGUGUUUUCUCCCACACCAAUAUUUUUUCCUUCCCUUACAUAUGGUUUAUUCUUCCCACACUCACAGUGAAAGGAGAGGCACAAGGAAUGGGCACCAAUAGAUAUAGGCUAGGUUUUGGAGGGGUGUGGAGAAUGUACCUGCUGACCAUAUUGACAGGGCUGCCGAGUGGGUACACUAUAAGGGUUUGAGCCAGGUGACAGGGCCGGAGAACAGAUUUGAGUCCCAGGUCGACCAAAAAAUAUAAGGAAGUGGUGCUCUAAAUAGUUAAUCUUUGUGUAUUAGACUAUUAAUUGCACAAAAAAUUCUUCUAAUUUGUUACAUAUUUUUUGUACUGUUUCUAAGUAAAAUAAAGGCAUAUGCAACACAUAUAUUUUAUUUUAUUUUGUUAUUUUUCAGGAAAGGCGCAUGAAACAGCAACGUGAAAUGCUUCUCAAGGAGAAGGAAACUGCAGAGAAAGUUGCAGCCCGUGCAUUUGCACAACAGUAUCUUGCUGAUCUUGUUCCUUCUGUUUUCAGCAGCCUUAAGGAAAAUGGUUAUUUUUACGACUCUGUAGAAAGAGGUAUUUUCACUUAGAAUUAUUAUUUAUUUAAGUUAAAUUUUUACUGCAAAAUGACAUAAGAACGUUCCAUGCAAUCCUUAAAAAAGUGGUAUUUUUAUGGUAUAAGGAUGGCAUGGAACAUCCUUUGCUUUUGAAGCAAGCAGGGUUAAAUCCCUGCUUGAACCAAGGAGACCCAGUCAUUAAUCAAUAUGUGGGGAAUUAUUUAGUGGUCCCUGUCUGAUAGAUGAGCUGAAUGCAGUACUUAAAAUGAACACUGCAUGUAGCCCUUUAAAUCAAAGUGACUGACUGAUGGUGUUCAGCCGCUGUGAUGCCCCAUACAGAGGGAAACCUCCAGGAUCUCCCUGCAUGCCUCCUCCUGCCAACAACAAUCGACAAUGGGCUGUGCCUGCUCUCCAGCACUGAUAACAUGGUGAAUGGCAGGGACAACAUGCAGGAGCUGCAGCAUGAGAGGAAGAUCUACCUCUCAUGCUGCAAUCACUCACUAAAGAACCCUCCUUUACUGUGUGAGCUGGAAAAUCCCUCUGCUGAUUGUACUGAUGUCAGCAGAUGGAAUACAUCUGAGUUAGGGUUAAUUAGGCUAGGGUUAGGCUUAUAGAGGUAGGGUUAGUGUAAGUAAAGGGUUAAUGCUGGGUUAGGGUUAAUGCUCAGUUAGGAUGAGUGUAGAGAUAAGGAUAUGGUAUGUGUAUUGUUAGGGGUAGGGUUUAUUUAGGGCUAAGGUAAAAUCUAUGUUGAGGUUUAUUCCUGUAGUUGCACUUUAUUUGUAAAAAAUAUUAUAAGUAAAACUGUAAAAAAAAAGUGUCAUGUUGGACUGUUGCCUCCGCCCUUAAAGGGUAAAUGAUGAGCAGUAAUAUUUAUGAAAUCAUGUUGUGUUUAGGGGUUCAGUGCUUGUAUAAUGUGAACCAUAACUUAUAUCUGCAUGCAAUUGUCUCAUCUGUAUCUGCUGUCUGUCAAAAAGAGAAUCAACACAGAGAUAAUUUUUUUUUUUUUUUUUUUUUUACAUUGGUAACUUAUAUUUAACUGUUCAAGGUUCGCAAAGUCCUAACUAGCCAGGCCUAAAAUAACUCACCAGCUCAAAUGUCUACAAACAUUUAUAUGUUUGAAAGGCAGUGUUGUGCAUUGAUGUGUAGGAAUAACGUGUUUUAAUGUAUGUGUGGUGGGUCAGUGUGCCGUGUGAGUGCAGAGCGCAUUUCCUUUGGAAGAUUAGUGUGUAAAUGUGCAGAGUGAUAGGGGUAACAUGAUGAUAGAGCUAGCUCAUGAUGGUUCAAGGUUCAAUUAUUUUACUAUCAAAACUUUUUAAAUAAAUGUGAUGUAUUAAUUCAUUUGGAGUGUUUAAUUUUUUUAAUGUUUAAGUUCAAUCUUUUUAUAAAUAAUUAUAAUUUUUUAAUACAAGUUUAGGCCCAAACAUGUCCUUAUCAAAUUUUGUAUUGCAUAGAUGUUGAAACCGUAUUCAUGCCGUGGUUGAUGGAAGAGGUGGAGAAAAACCUUCAGAAGAAUAACUUGGGAAGAACAAUGCUUGACUGUAAGUCAUAAAAUUUAUCAAAGUGUUGUGUUCUGCAAAAAACAGAGUAUACAAACAUUGUGGAAACUAGUGUAACAGGCACGUUCCAUUGGUAACUCUUCCCCUUUUACAUAUUUGUGACACUUUUCAGAACAUGACUCUUGGCAAGUCCUAUUGAUGCACUGAAUAAAUUGUACUAAACCUUAGAAGGAGGAGGCUGUUUAAUGUACUUUCUUGGACUUCAACCCCGCAUUUUAAUUUUGUUUUGUUAUUGCCAUUUAACAUUUGAAUUGACCACUCUUAACAUAAGUGACUUCUUCCUCAAGUCGCGUUAGCCUGGCUACAAUCAGAGAAAAACUACACCAAAAUGAAGAUUAGUGUUGUAUCCAUUCUAGUAAGUUAGUCAUUUUUAGCUAGACACUUUUUUUUUUUUUUCAUGUCCAGUACUUUAAAAUUAGCUUACGAAAGUAUCCAAUUGAGAUUUAUCUUUCUAAUCAUAAUAAUAUCAUAUGAUAUAUAAUCAUAUCAUAAUUAUGACUUAUUAUAGUCAUAACUAUACGCACUGUGUAACAGUAAUUUUCUUUUAAUUUCAGUGUUAAUACGAGAAGUUGUGGAAAAGCAUAUUGAUGACUUCAGCAAAAUGGAAUCCCAAGAUAAAGCACCAUUGGACAUUGCGCCACAAGCAAGUGGUAGGUAUUAAAAGGUGGCAACAUGUGUAACAGCUAUUGUUAAAUUAUCUAUAUUUUUUCAAAUAAAAAAAUGUCAGUGGUAUUACCAUUACUUUUUUAAUUUAUUGUUGACUGUUUAGAUCUUUUACAGUGUCCUUUAAAACCUUUCCCCAGAUCUAAGAAUAAUCCUACUGUUAAAAAUGACAGUCACUAA